GAAGAUCGUAGCGGCCCAUGGGAACUUCGAUGAAGCUCACAUUAUCGACAAAGUGCCGGAGCAAGCAGUGGACAUCGAGGAGCUCAGGCAGGCGGUCUUCGCCGGUGAGAAAGGCUGGCGGGCACUGGCCGAGGCUAAAGGCGGCCUCGUGAAACCCAAAGUGGUUCUCUUCGGCGAGAGCCUGCCGGACCGUUUCUGGGAGCUCAGUGAUGCGGAUCUG